UGUCACCCCCUUCCCCUUCGUAGAUUUGUCCACACAAAAAUAUGGAAAUUUGCAUGGAGCGUAGAAAAAUAUCUCAUUUUGUGACGAUCGCGUUUGAUCUAUGAAAACAUGUUUUCUUUUUCACGACGUCCAAUGAUAAAGGAAAAUUUGCGUAAAAGCGAUUAUGCGAUGCACCACCCUAUUGCAUCUUGCUUUGCUUUAUAGAUUACCGUGCACAUGUUCAAUCGUCUAAAAUAUUUGUUCACACGCACACGGUCAGAAAACUCACACAAAACUGAGCUAAAGUGGGACAACUCAAAAUUGAGUAAAUUUUUUUUUCCAGCGCUAGCGCUGGCCCAAGUGCGAAAAUCUUAUCAGUUUAAGCUGUAUAAUAUUCUUGCUGAUGUGAAGAAUAUUAUACGGCUUAAACCAGUUGGAUUUUUGCACCUGGGCCAGCGCUAUCGCUGGAAAUGCAAUUUACUCAUUUUUUGAGCUGUUCCAGUUUAGCUCAGUUUUGUGUGAAUCUUACUCAUUUUAGAGUAACAUUUUCUUAGCGUGUGUGCGUCGUCAGCACUUGAAAUAAACGCAUGCAUUCUUACGUGAUUAUCUUUGAAAGAAACUGGGCUUUUACGUGUCGCAAAAAAUCGGGCAUCAACAGCGCCGAUAAUAUGGAUUGGAUAAAAUGUUGAACUUCCAAGAAAGCUGAUUUCUACUGCGCAAAACAUAGCCAGUAAGUGGCUUUGUUGUUAAGCUAGAUAAGCUAUCCAGCCUAAAAGAAAGAUAGUGGGGCAAAGAGAAUUAUCGUGUGCUUGCCAUAUGCAGAACACUGAGCAGAAAAGCGUGCUCUGCCCCACUCAGAACGUAAUGCCAACGGAAAAGAAAAAAAGAUAGAUAAGAUAAGAUACCUAAGCUAAUAAGUAUUGAUAACUUGACUUCGAUAAUUUGGCAAGUGCUUUUGACAGUUUUGUGAAGACAGUUGCAAAGAAUGUUUGUUUGGUGCAAGUCAGAGAAAAAUCUGGUGGAGAAUUCAGCUGACUGGAAUUCGGACUCUACAUAGAUUAGCGUCGAAACUAAACAGUACCUAUUACAUCUUCUUUUCAAUUUCAGAAUAAAAUGGCAUCCUCAAUGAGGGAUGUUAUAGAUCCGGAAACUGUAAGCCUUGUGGCGUACGAAAGCAGUAUCAAGUCUGGAACUCACGGCGAAGUUUACCAGAAGCAACUGGCCCUAGUACUUUUGCUAAGACUGACACGAGAAGGGAAGAACUUCCGCUUAGCUUAUGAACUGACAUCCGCGGAUAAGUUCGAUGACGUGGUGCUGUACGAUAAGACAGCCAAACAAUGGAUUUUUCUACAAUCAAAGCAUGCCGACGGCAAAGAAUCGAAGAUAGAUCUCAAUGGCUUGCUACCAAAAACGAAUCGAGAGAAAGGAGAUUUUAGCUUGUACAAAUAUUUCUAUUCCUAUAUGUUAAUUCGAAAUAGAUUCAAAGGCAAAAUCAACUUAAUGCUGUUCACCAACAAAAAACUAGAUGAAAAGUUGAAAACUGCUGAAGAUUGCGUGACGAUCAAGAAUCGAUAUAUAGAUGAAUAUCUUCGCUUUGCAUCUGAUGGAGCAACCCAAAAAUUACUCAUACCAAGUGAAUCAACAAUACAAUCAAUCGUGGAAUACACUAACAAAGAUUUAUAUUCCCUGAAGGACGCUAUCAAGCAACUUUUUACUAAAGGAAUCAUUACAGAUCUACUUAUAAAGUACAAAGCAUAUUUGAAAGAUGUUUUAAAGGAGUCGGGAAACUAUCAAAUAAGAUUCUCAGAAACAUUUGACGAAUCACUGAUUUUCAUUUCUGAAUUGUACAAAAGGCUUCAAUCAGAGCUACAUACUUUUAAACCUAUUGGUAAACCACCAGAACUCGAUAUCAAAGGAAUAGGAUAUAAUUCUACAAAUUUGGUGUCGGUGGAUCUCAAACAUCUAGCUGAUGCCAUCGAAAAUCUUUUUCGUAAUGGAAUUGUAUCUGAUUAUUUGAAAAAGUACAAAGAUCUUCUAGGUUUGAUCUUGACAACGACUGCACAUGACCAGCUAGCAUUCAAAGAAACAUUCAAUAAUAAUGUAGUCUCCAAAGCUGAAUUGUGUAGAAUGCUUAAGGCUGAACUGAGUGACAUGGAUAAAGUAAUUACAUUGAAGCAGAAACUUUUUGAUGGAAGGGAUUUACGGACCAAACACCAUUCAGUAUUGUUCUAUACGGAGGCGUCUGAUGUGAGAGAAUUUUUUGAGCUUCUCACCUUAUCUGUGGAUCAACCGGAUGAGUUGGAACCCUUCAUCAUCGAAGAAUUGAACUUAUGGAUGAGAAUGUGGGUGCAACCUGACGUUUUAGGUAAGCUAACCGAAUACCAUUAUAAAAAUGCUGUGAAGGAUUUAGAUGAUCAUUUUGAAACAACACUGAAACGUGAACAAGGUAAUUCUAAACCAUAUUUAAAUCAACAAUAUGUUUCGCAGUAUUGCAACAAGUUACGGUCGAGAAUUGUAGAAUUUUAUCCAGAAUUGAAUUAUAUGAAUCAGUUAUAUAUUAACAGAGUGCUUAUAUUUGAAAAAGAGGAUAUCGAUGAACCACAAUAUUUAAAAGCUUCUCAAUUCGAUGGAUGCACAACAUCUGUCUUAAGUCUUAAUUUAGAAGAUUUUUUCUCUCGAUUUUCUCUCGAUGACAAUAUAACAGAAAAUGAACUUGGAAUGGACGAUAGAGUAUCUCUAUCUAACAAAACUUAUGAGGAAAUGACAGAUAGUGAAUUUGCAGCAAAUCUGACGUUAAAGUUUUCACAGUAUCAGUGUUUAGUUUUGACGGCGGACCCUGGGGUAGGUAAAACUAAACUUCUUCAAUACCUUGCCUUUGAACAUCAAAAACUGAAUUCAGGGACUGUUUUCCUAUUUUACUUAAACAGACUACAAGAUUCUAAGGAAGGUUUCGGCAAUGAAGCAUCAUUAAAUAUCCUCAAAUGUGUAUUAUCUGACAAAAAUAUUAUGCUGAUACAAAAAGCUUUGGAAAAUAGGUCCGAUGAUCACAUUACAAUACUGUUUGAUGGGUAUGACGAAAUACAUAAAAAAAAUAUCAACAACAUAAAUAGACUAUUGGAAUCAUUGUUCACAUCAAAACAAAUCCAGAUUAUAAUAAGUGUAAGAAAUCAUGAGAAAAAAACACUACAAAGGUUUUUCAAGAAGCACAAGAUUAAUGUCGGAUACUUUUCUUUGGAGGCGUUCAGCAAAGAAAAUAUUAUUGAAUUUCUUACACAGUCUUGGAAAGAAAAAGUAGAGAGUGAAGUAGAUUUCAAAUUUUAUUCAUAUUCCAAAUUCUUGGUCGAUAAAUUAUAUAGCUUGUGCAGAGUUCCAUUGAUGGUUGAAAUGAUUUCGAAAAUAUACAAACAAAGAUUUGAGCAAUUUAAAGCAACGAGUAUGAUCGAUGAACAAGAUGAAAUGAGCUAUUUAGAAAAAGAGUUUUACGAAGUUGAACACAUUUACGAAAUGUUCAUAGAAAAUUGUUUACUAGUAAAGAUAGAGGAUGCAUGCCAUGGAAUCGGGAAAGUCGAUCCGAACAAACACAUAUUUGAUGGGUUUUAUCUUGAUCAUCAGCUGCUAGCAAUAGAGUUUCUUGAUGUUGGUGAUCUCAAGUUUAUCCUCAAAAACCCAAAAUACAUAAAAAAGCGGGAAAAUAUUAAAAAAAUCCAUCUGAACCAGAGUGAAAAAUCCAUUUUACUGAAUUUGGUUGAUGGUAAAUUUUCGUUUUCACAUCAUUCUUAUGCUGAAUAUUUUGUUGCAACCUUCUUGUGGGAUGAUUUUAUCAAUUUGAAAAACAUUGUCAAAAAUGUUUUGUCUAGUUUCACAGGAAUAAGAAAGUUUUUUAUUAAAAUAAUCGAAAAAAACAUCAAUUUGUUCGUAACCAAAAUUGCCCAAAAGACGUCCUUUGAUUCAAAAGAUGUUGUUUUCUGGGCUUGUGAAUGUAAUGCUGUUGAGUUGUUGAAAUAUGUGCUUUCAAAAAAUUUUUUGUUCAGGCCAAGUAAGGCCAAAAUGCUUCACAUUGGCAUUGAAAACGGCAGUGACAAAGUAUGUUCCUAUUUGAUCGAUGACUGUAAAGUACAUCCCGAUGUUAAGUAUCAUAGUGGUCUAGCUCCUCUACAUUCGGCUAUAAAAUACGGACAUACAUAUUUAGUACCAUUACUGCUACGAAAAGGAGCUGACUUAAAUAUUCGAAACACAGAGGGAUGGUCAGCUCUACAUUAUGCAGUUCAUCACAAACAAAUGGCUAUUACAAUUUUUUUGAUUGAUAAAGGCACAGACGUGAACUCCAUAACCAAAAACAAAUGGAAUGCACUUCACAUAGCUUGUAACAAUGGUGAUGCUGAUAUGACGAAAAUGUUGAUACAGAAAGGUGCACGGCACGAUGUAACGACAAACAAAGGUAAAACUCCUAUAGAUUUAGCUAGGGCAGGAGGACACACAGAAGUUGUUAUCAUUUUAUUUGAAAAUUUAAUUGAAAUUUUGAAUUUUAACAGGAAAAUUGGCGAUGAUGACUUUUUGUAUGUUUACUUUUUGAUGUACAUGUUAAUAAGACAAUAUGCAAGUUUGCCUAUAUUUUCAGUUGAUCCCAACAUUGCAGCUUGGGAACGACUAAUUAAAAAACUAGAAAGAUUGAUCAACGAUGGUGAACCGAAUCGUAAAAGGUUUACAGUUCUACAUCGAGCCGCAUCUGAAGGUUUAUGGUUCUUUGUGGAAUAUCUAUUUAGUAAAGGUGCUAACGUAAACGUUGUGGAUACAAAUAAAUGCACACCGCUUCAUUUUGCAUGUCAGAAUGGUCAUGAAGAGGUUGUGGAAUUAUUGUUGAGAGAAAAUGCCAAUAUUGAAGCAUUGAAUGGUGGGAACUGUACACCACUUCAUUUUGCAUGUAGGAAUGGUCGUAAAAAGAUUGUGGAAUUAUUGUUGAGAGAAAAAGCCAAUAUUGAUGCAUUGAAUGAUGGGAACUGUACACCCCUUCAUUUUGCAUGUAAGAAUGGUCAUGACGAGAUUGUGGAAUUAUUGCUGAGAGAAAAAGCCAAUAUUGAUGCAUUGAAUUAUGGGAACUGUACACCGUUUCAUUUUGCAUGUCAGAAUGGUCAUGACGAGAUUGCGAAAAUAUUGUUAAGAGAAAAUGCCAAUAUUGAAGCAUUGGAUGAUGGGAACUGUACACCGCUUCAUUUUGCAUGUAAGAAUGGUCAUAAAAAGAUUGUGGAAUUAUUGUUGAGAGAAAAAGCCAACAUUGAUGCAUUGAAUGACUGGGACUGUACACCGCUUCAUUUUGCAUGUAAGAAUGGUCAUGACGAGAUUGUGGAAUUAUUGUUGAGAGAAAAAGCCAACAUUGAUGCAUUGAAUGACUGGGACUGUACACCGCUUCAUUUUGCAUGUAAGUAUGGUCAUAAAAAGAUUGUGGAAUUAUUGUUGAGAGAAAAAGCCAACAUUGAUGCAUUGAAUGACUGGGACUGUACACCGCUUCAUUUUGCAUGUAAGUAUGGUCAUAAAAAGAUUGUGGAAUUAUUGUUGAGAGAAAAAGCCAACAUUGAUGCAUUGAAUGACUGGGACUGUACACCGCUUCAUUUUGCAUGUAAGAAUGGUCAUGACGAGAUUGUGGAAUUAUUGUUGAGAGAAAAAGCCAAUAUUGAUGCAUUGAAUAAUGAGAAAUUUACACCGCUUCAUUUUGCAUGUAAGUAUGGUCAUAAAAAGAUUGUGGAAUUAUUGUUGAGAGAAAAAGCCAACAUUGAUGCAUUGAAUGACUGGGACUGUACACCGCUUCAUUUUGCAUGUGAGAAUGGUCAUGACGAGAUUGCGAAAAUAUUGUUAAGAAAAAAAGCGAAUAUUGAAGCAUUGGAUGGCAAGAACUGUACACCGCUUCAUUUUGCAUGUAAGAAUGGUCAUAAAAAGAUUGUGGAAUUAUUGUUGAGAGAAAAAGCCAACAUUGAUGCAUUGAAUGACUGGGACUGUACACCGCUUCAUUUUGCAUGUAAGAAUGGCCAUGACGAGAUUGUGGAAUUAUUGUUGAGAGAAAAAGCCAAUAUUGAUUCUGUUGAGGAUUGAUUGGUAAUACAAAUGGUAAACUUAAUAAAAUGAAUUGCAAAAGAUGAUUUCUCUGAGUGUAUUCACCACCUUGCGUAAGACUGUUUGAAAACCUAUCGCAGUGAGUCAAUCUAGUAGGCUGGUUUUGCUAUGUCGUUUGAAUUGAAAAUAAAAACACUUUUUCCACGGUCGGCAACCGGAACAGACGUCUUUUCUUCAGUAACAGUGUAAAGAAACUCUACGAACACACAGUAUCAAAAGUGUGGAACUAUGAAUGAAACUGUUGGCUUUAUUGGUUGUGGGUGUAGAGUGGGCUAUUUAAUGAAUAUUGGGGACGUACCGGUAUUGAUGCU